CUAAAGAUAAUGAUGAAAGUGAUAUUCCGACAUAUUUUAAGGCUAUCUUUUCCGAUUUAAGCUACAUUAUUCUGCUUUAUCUUUACCUAUUUUUUUCUACUUUAAUCGCAAGAUUCCAAUUCAAUCAAUUCUCCUCAGUCUACUGUUUUACCGACUCUCCGCAUGGAUUCUCCGGUGGCUCUCCGGCGUACAACGUUGAUUCCCGGCAGCCUCCGAUUAAACCUUAAUCCCUCCAAACCCUCGCUGUCGUUCAACGUCAAGACACGGGCAGCGAGCUCAUCGAGCAAGAGCUACUCUAAGUCCUUUGAUUUACUGGGGCCGAAAUACCUGGCUCGGACUCUCUGGUUGAACGGGAACGGAAACGGAAACGGAAACAGAGCUUCGUCUAAUGAUGUUCCGUCAACCGCCGACGGUCCCGCCGGUGUGCUUGAGCCGAGCUGGGUGGAGUUCGUCACGUCGGAGAGAGUCAAAGUUGUGGCUAUGGUGGGCUUGGCUUUAGCUCUGUGUAACGCCGAUCGAGUUGUCAUGUCGGUGGCCAUUGUUCCGCUGUCGAUCUCCCGGGCUUGGCGUCAAUCUUUCGCCGGCGUUGUUCAGUCGUCUUUUCUCUGGGGUUACCUAAUAUCACCAAUAGCCGGAGGGACUCUGGCAGAUUAUUUUGGUGGCAAAGUAGUCAUGGCUUGGGGCGUGGCUCUGUGGUCUUUAGCCACGUUCCUAACCCCGUGGGCUGCAGAAGUUUCGAUAUGGAUGCUCCUUCUCAUGCGGAUGUUGCUAGGCAUUGCUGAAGGCGUCGCUUUGCCCUGCAUGAACAAUAUGAUUGCAAGGAUCAAAACUGUGAACUUUUUCUUUCGAUGUUUUGUUUUUAGAUGGUUUCCUCAGACAGAACGCUCGAGGGCUGUAGGGCUUGCAAUGGCUGGAUUUCAACUCGGGAGUGCGAUUGGACUCACGCUUUCCCCAAUUCUUAUGUCCCAGGGCGGGAUAUUUGGACCGUUUGUCAUAUUCGGAUUAUGUGGGUUCCUUUGGGUGCUAGUUUGGGUGUCUGCAGUCUCCAGCACACCUGAGCGGAGUCAUCAAAUCUCAUUACACGAAUUGCAGUACAUACAGAACAAGGGACCGAGACAUGCUGUUGACAGUAAAAUGAAAACAGGCAAAGUGAUUCCCCCUUUCAGGCGUUUGCUCUCUAAGCCACCAACGUGGUCUCUAAUCGUUGCAAAUGCCAUGCAUAGCUGGGGCUUCUUUGUUAUACUUUCAUGGAUGCCAAUCUACUUCAAAACCAUAUACCAUGUUGAUCUCAGACAGGCGGCAUGGUUUAGUGCCGUCCCGUGGAGCGUGAUGGCGUUGAUGGGCUAUUUUGCUGGUGUUUUAUCAGACUCAAUGAUCCAAAGUGGCAUAAGUGUUACACUUACCCGCAAAGUCAUGCAAUCAAUUGGUUUCUUUGGUCCUUGCACUGCUCUUGUUGGUUUAACCACUGCUCCAACUCCAGUAAUAGCAUCUGCUUGGCUGACUUUAGCUGUUGGCUUGAAGGCGUUUAGUCAUUGCGGCUUCCUCGUUAACUUUCAGGAGAUCGCCCCCCAGUAUUCAGGCGUUCUACACGGUAUAUCGAACACAGGAGGGACAUUAGCAGCCAUCAUUGGGACUGUUGGUGCUGGCUUCUUUGUGGAGUUGGUUGGCUCUUUCAAGGGAUUUUUGCUGCUCACAGCAUUUCUGUACUUCUCUGCUGCUGUCUUCUACAAUGCCUUUUCCACAGGGGAGAGAGUCAACUUUGAUGAAACCACUUAGAUUCUAGGAUGUUUUAUCUCCUCCACCCCCAUGGCUUCAUACAAAUCAUGGGAAGAAGAAGAUGUUAAUUUCCCAGAAAAAAAAUGUGGGAAUCAAUGUCUGUCACUCUGUCAAGAAGUCAUCUUUAUGAACUUUUCGAAUAAAGAUUUUCGUUUUUGGAC